UCUUCAAUGUGUGUGGAGAUAAGAUUUCAAAAAAACAGACAAACUAUUAGCUUCUUAUCUCUGUUCCGUGUUUGGAGCCACAAAAAAAUAUUAGAAGCUGUAUCAAUGGCCUCAGCAUCUCUCCUCAGGUCAUCGCCAGUCCUCGACAAGUCCGAAUUUGUCAAGGGCCAAACGCUCCUCCGCCAGCCGUACGCUGUCGUCCGUCCUAAAGCCGCCACCUCAGCUUUCACUGUCCGCGCAUCAUCGUACGCCGAUGAGCUCGUCAAGACUGCGAAAACCGUAGCCUCUCCAGGGCGCGGGAUUCUUGCCAUGGACGAGUCAAAUGCCACGUGUGGCAAGCGCCUGGCUUCUAUAGGCCUAGAGAACACUGAGGCCAAUCGCCAGGCGUACCGAACCUUACUAGUCACUGUUCCUGGGCUCGGAAACUACAUUUCGGGCGCUAUUCUCUUUGAGGAGACUCUUUACCAAUCGACCACUGAUGGCAAAAAAAUGGUCGAUGUUCUUGUCGAGCAGAACAUUGUUCCUGGAAUUAAAGUCGACAAGGGUUUGGUCCCACUUGCUGGGUCGAAUGACGAGUCGUGGUGCCAAGGUCUCGAUGGCCUUGCUUCGCGCUCCGCGGCUUAUUAUCAACAGGGUGCUCGUUUCGCCAAAUGGCGUACUGUUGUGAGCAUUCCCAAUGGGCCAUCUGCACUGGCCGUGAAAGAGGCCGCUUGGGGCCUGGCCCGUUAUGCCGCUAUCUCUCAGGACAAUGGUUUGGUCCCAAUUGUGGAGCCGGAGAUUCUUUUGGACGGUGAGCAUGGAAUUGAUAGGACUUUCGAGGUGGCCCAAAAGGUGUGGGCCGAAGUUUUCUUCUACUUGGCAGAGAACAAUGUGUUGUUUGAGGGCAUUCUUCUCAAGCCCAGCAUGGUGACACCUGGCGCCGAGUGCAAGGACAAGGCCACGCCCGAGCAAGUUUCCGAUUAUACCCUCAAGCUCCUUCACAGGAGGAUUCCCCCUGCUUUCUUGUCCGGUGGGCAAUCGGAGGUUGAAGCCACACAGAAUCUUAAUGCCAUGAACCAGGGCCCGAACCCGUGGCACGUGUCGUUUUCGUAUGCGCGGGCCCUACAGAACACAUGCCUCAAGACUUGGGGGGGCCGCCCGGAAAAUGUGAAGGCAGCUCAAGAGGCUUUGCUUAUCCGAGCCAAGGCCAACUCACUUGCGCAGCUCGGGAAAUACACGGGUGAAGGUGAAUCCGAGGAGGCCAAAAAGGGCAUGUUUGUCAAGGGCUACAGCUAUUANGGGUAAAAAAGAGGAAAGAGAUAUCUUGAGAUGAUGAAGGGGAAAAUGUGUGUGUUGUGUUGUGUUGUUUUCCUUUGUGGUGUUUAUUAUAGCCAACUGGAGACUAUUUUGGUUUAAGCUGAAUGUACUAAUAAGCCCUUAAUGCUGAUGAGAAUCUAGAUAGCUCUGUUUGUAUUGAAAUCGUGGUGUAUACUGUAUGGAUUUAUCAGAUAUCAUGGAUUUUAUUUUGUUUUUUGUUUUUAUUUUUAAAUCUUAGUUCAAGUAUUAGCU